AUGAGAAGCAGAGCGAAUAAGCAAAGCAAGUUCAUGCUAAUAAUCUCAGCACCCAUUAGAUUUCUUGCAAGGGCUAGAGAUUUUUACAUAAAGGGCAUGCAGGAUUUCAAUGGCGGGAUAGGAAAGUACGAUGGUGCAGUGGUCUGCCCUGCAGCUCAAGUUGUGCACUUGUCUAAGAAUUUCAGUGUCAACUCUUCUAAGCCAAUUGAUGAUGAAGAAUUCAGGGAGCUUUUACGCACAGCAUCAAGGAAGAACAUGAAAAGUAAGAUGAAGCUGAACCAGAGUGGUGGGAUGAGGAGGAGUUACACUGUUGGAGCAGGGAAGAUGGGGAGAAUUGAAGAGGAAGAGCCAUGCACAUUUGAGGAAGAUGGUUCAAAGGCAGAAGUGUUGUAUCCAAGAAGUAGAAGUUAUGCUGUCAACAGAAGGAACUUCGUUCACCAUUAG